UAUAUUUAAAAAAUCUACACCGCCAGCUUUCAGAAUGUCACAUAAAAGUUAAACAUUUGUACCUAACGUGAUGUCACACUGCAACCUUUAAAAUCGCUGUCAUCGGGAAAAGGGACGUAAAAUGAUCUUCUGUGUUUUAAUGUCGUUUGCUGCACGCAUUUGACAGUGCUCUGCAGAUGAGCCACGGCUUGUGCCAUUUCCCUGGGAAGCCACGCAGGCAGUGGCUCCGUAAUGAGCUGGGAGGGGGCAGCCUGGCCCCUGAAGUCAGGAGGGUUUGCUGGGGUCUGCGCCCGGUGCUGGAGCCGGGGAGCCCUGGCUGACGUGUUGCUUCAUGGGAACAACCUCGUCAAUAGCUAAGAAGCAGCAGAAAAAAACAUUUGUAAAUCAGAUUUUGAAGAAAGUUCUUAAUAGUUUAGGCUUUUGAGCACAGUUUGAGCACAGAAUUAUGCAAAAUGAGUCAAAUGGAAAAUAAAGUUACCAGUGUUUCGACACGAGUAAGGGCCCUGCCAGCAACAAACCUGAGAAUGACUUCCUUGAUUCCCAAACAGGUCCACUUUGUGCCUCAUCAUUUCCUUUCUCCAGUCCAACAUUUAUGGAUCCAAAACUAUUUGAAAGUGCCGAGUUUGAGUGAAAAGGGUGGAAGAAAGGGGCCUGAAAUUCGAGAGCAUAAAUAUGGCUGAGCUUUCAGAGCCAGAAGGUACUGUAAACUGGAAGGAAAGAUGUUUAACUCUGGAGUCACAGUUAAUGAAAUUUCGUCUCCAGGCAAGCAAGAUCAGAGAAUUGUUAGCAGAAAAGAUGCAACAGCUUGAGAAACAAGUUAUAGAUGCUGAUCGUCAAGCAGAAAGAGCUUUUCAGCAGGUGCAGGUCAUGGAAGAAAAAUUAAAAGCAGCUAAUGUUCAAACGAGCGAAUCAGAAACCAGGUUAUAUAAGAGAUGUCAAGAUCUGGAGAUCCUGAUACAAGAUAAAAAUGACAUAAUACAAAAAUUGGAGCAACAACUUGAAGAACAGAAGCAAAUAAGACUGCAAGAAGCAAAAAUCAUAGAAGAAAAAGCAGCUAAAAUAAAAGAAUGGGUGACAGUCAAGCUCCAUGAGUUAGAGGUGGAAAAUCAGAACCUUCGCUUGAUCAACCAAAAGCAAACCAAAGAGAUGAAAACAGUACAAUCUAAACUGCAAGAAGCUACAGGCAAGAAAUCGGUUAAUUCAACACAAAAACCUGGAGAGUGUCAGCGACUAAGCAGUUUGACUUUUGGAUGCUUUUCAAACAGAGCAAGAAGUCCUCAACCAUCUCCUAAGUUUGAAGAAAUAAGCAAGUCUUCAUCUAAAGAGUCAGACUACACUGAAGGCAAAAACAUGCUAGAGAAGGAUAUCCUGGAAACUACCUUCGCUGGUCCUGCACACGAGGCCAAUAAAGGUCAGAAGUCAUUGCAACAAAGUUCCUCUGGAUCAGAGCAGAACAAAAAUGUAAGAACAAGCUGUUCAUUCAAAGAUAUAGACAGCGACAUGUCAAAGAACUCCUGCACUACCGGGAGUGACUGGAGCUCAGACGAGGAUGGAGGAGACAAUAAAGGACUGAAAUCCAGGUGUGCAUCGACUCUUUCAAGCCACACAUCUGAGGAGAAUGCAAGGUACAGUAGAGUGGGAAGUGAAAUGUAUUUGACAGCAUCUGAUGACAGUAGUUCUCUAUUUGAAGAAGAGAGUUUUGGUGUUCAGAGGACUCAGCAGAAGAAGUUAUACUCCUGGCAGCAAGGGUCCCAAAGAAAAGGCCAGAACAAUCCAGGUGGAAAGUGCAACUCUGACUUCACAAGUAAAAAGAAAGACCAAGAUAGUUCUUCAGAUGAGCUGAAUAAGAAAUUUCAGUCUCAGAGGCUAGAUUAUUCAUCCUCAUCCAGUGAGGCAAAUACCCCAAGUCCAAUUUUAACCCCUUCUCUGACACCCAAACACCCAAUUCUAGCAACUUCUGCGGGUUCUCAGUGCACAAUGCCAUCAGAUUCUCCCUCAAAUUUGCCACGUCCAAAGUUACGGACUCCAAAUGUGUUUAGUAUAAAUUCAGCAUUAGCAAAGAAACAUCUAAGCCAGCCCCAGUUGAGUUCUGACAGAAUGUUUGGUAGAAAUAGAAAUGCCAUAAGCAUGAUACGUCCAUGGAGACCUCAGGAAACAGACAUUGAUCUGGUGGAUGGAGAAGAUACUGAUAUUUUAGAGAAAAUGGAGAUUGGUUGUGAUGAAGGAGUGUUUACCUAUGACUGCACUGAAACACAAAAUGCUGAAGCCCAGGAAUCUUGUGAUACGACAAAAAAGGGUGCUAGCAACAAACCUCCAACCCCUCCAUUACAUCGAUUUCCAUCCUGGGAAAGCAGAAUUUAUGCUGUAGCCAAAUCUGGUUUAAGGAUGUCUGAAGCUUUCACCAUGGAGUAUCUUAACAAAAGUGCUGUUUCACUAACUUCAUACUCCAUAUCUGGAUUAUAUACAUCUCUGAUAUAUAAGAACAUGACCACUCCUGUCUACACCACUUUGAAAGGGAAAGCAACUCAAAUAAGCAACAGCCCAUUUAUAGAUGAGUCGUCAGGAUCUGAGGAAGAAGACAGCUCUCGGUCCAGCUCAAGGACUUCUGAGUCUGAUUCUCGAAGUAGAAGUGGUCCGGGUAGUCCUCGGGCUAUGAAACGAGGUGUGUCUCUGUCUUCUGUGACCUCAGAAAGUGACUAUGCUAUUCCUCCAGAUGCAUAUUUAGUAGAUACAGACUAUUCAGAGCCAGAGCAGAAACUUCCUAAGACCUCUUCCUCAUCUAGUGAUAAUGGAAAAAAUGAACCUUUGGAAAAGUCUGGAUAUCUGUUAAAAAUGGGUGGUAAAGUAAAGACCUGGAAACGGCGGUGGUUUGUGCUUAAAGGAGGUGAAUUACUAUACUACAAAUCUCCCAGUGAUGUCAUUCGAAAACCUCAAGGUCAAAUUGAGUUAAAUGCAUCUAGCCACAUUGAAAGGGGUGAUGGAAAACAAACAAUUCAGCUGACCACAGAAAAACGAACAUACUACCUGACUGCAGAUUCUCCCAACAUCUUAGAAGAAUGGAUCAAAGUACUACAGAAUGUUCUUAAAAUACAGGCUGCCAGCCCACUUUUCAUACAGCCAGAAAUCAAGCCAACCAUGAAAGGGUUACUUACAAAGGUGAAACAUGGAUAUUCCAAAAGAGUUUGGUGUACCCUAGUUGGAAAAAUUCUGUAUUAUUUCCGUAAUCAAGAAGACAAGUUUCCUCUUGGUCAAAUCAAGCUAUUUGAGGCAAAGGUUGAAGAAGUUGAUAGAUCAUGUGAUUCUGAUGAAGAUUAUGAGGCUAGUGGUCGCAGUUUAUUAUCAACACAUUACACUGUUGUUAUCCACCCCAAAGAUCAAGGACCCACUUAUCUUCUUAUAGGAUCCAAACACGAGAAGGACAUGUGGCUUUAUCAUCUGACAAUUGCUGCUGGAAGUACCAGUGUAAAUGUUGGAUCUGAGUUUGAACAACUUAUUUGCAAAUUAUUAAAUAUGGAAGGCGAUACCAAUUCUCAGAUUUGGAGACAUCCUACCCUUUGCCACAGCAAAGAAGGAAUUACUUCCCCUCUUACAACAUUGCCAUCAGAAGCCUUGCAAACUGAAGCAAUUAAAUUAUUUAAGACCUGCCAGUUGUUUAUAAAUGCUGCAGUUGACUCUCCUGCCAUUGAUUACCAUGUAUCUUUGGCCCAAAGUGCUUUGCAGAUCUGCCUCACACAUCCUGAACUUCAAAAUGAGAUCUGUUGUCAGCUUAUUAAACAGACAAGACGUCGACAUCCACAAAACCAGGCAGGACCAAUACAGGGCUUGCAGCUCUUGGCUCUCUGCGUUGGACUCUUUCUGCCCCAGCACCCAUUCCUUUGGCUUCUUAAACUUCAUUUAAAGAAGAAUGCAGAUUCCAGGACUGAAUUUGGGAAAUAUGCAAUAUAUUGUCAGCGAUGCGUAGAGCGUACCCAGCAGAACGGAGACCGAGAAGCCAGACCUUCCAGAAUGGAAAUCCUUUCCACACUUCUAAGGAACCCCUACCACCAUUCACUGCCCUUUAGUAUUCCAGUUCAUUUCAUGAAUGGCAUAUAUCAGGUUGUUGGGUUUGAUGCCUCUACAACAGUGGAGGAAUUUCUGAACACCCUGAACCAGGAUACAGGGAUGAGGAAACCAGCUCAGUCAGGAUUUGCACUGUUUUCUGAUGAUCCCUCUGGCAAGGAUAUAGAGCACUGUCUUCAAGGAAACAUCAAGAUCUGUGACAUUAUUUCAAAAUGGGAGCAAGCCUCCAAAGAACAGCACCCUGGGAAAUGUGAAGGCACAAGGACUGUCCGCCUUACUUACAAAAAUAGGCUUUAUUUUUCAGUUCAAGUCCAUGGGGAGACAGACAGAGAGAAGCUGCUGCUAGUAUAUCAGACAAAUGAUCAAAUAGUCAAUGGACUUUUCCCUGUAAACAAAGAACUAGCAAUGGAAUUGACAGCUCUUUUAGCUCAGGUAGAGAUUGGAGAUUUUGAACGACCUUUCUCAACUCCAGCAGGGCAAGUCACUUCCCAGUCCAAGUCCAAUCAAACAUUAAAACAAGUUUUGGAGAGAUUCUACCCUAAGAGAUAUAGGCAUGGUUGUUCAGAGGAACAAUUAAGACAGCUUUGUCAGCGAUUGUCUACAAGAUGGAUGGCUCUCCGAGGGCACAGUGCUGCAGACUGUGUGCGCAUUUAUCUCACUGUAGCCAGAAAAUGGUCUUUCUUUGGUGCUAAAUUGUUUGCAGCAAAACCUUUAGCAACAUCCUCAGUUGAGAAGUCCUUCAUAUGGUUUGCUGUACAUGAAGAAGGCAUAAGCAUCCUAGAUUACAGCUCUAUGCGAUUAACAGUUACAUAUACAUAUAAGAGUCUGAUGACUUUCGGAGGCUAUCAAGAUGAUUUUAUGUUGGUUGUUAACAAUGCUCACACAAAGGACAAAUCAACUGAAAAACACCUUUUUGCCAUGACAAAACCAAAGAUUCUUGAGAUCACUCUACUGAUUGCCAGCUAUAUUAACAACUUUAAUCAGCUGAAAGGAGCUGCUCAUCACCUCUCUGCUCCAGCAUUACUGACACCUCAAAGCGGACAGAAGCUCAAGGAAAUGGGGAGUCAGCCCCUUCUUGCAAACAACAGACCAACUAAAUGUCCCACUUUGUUAUGAGAGGAUUAUGUAUAAUGAUAAUGAAUCUUUGUUACAGGGUUUCUACACUGAUUGAAAACUUUGACCUACAAGAAGUAGAGCAUAAGCGAGUCCAUAACGCGGACAGGUUUACAUUCAUUUCAGUGGUAUAUAACAGGAGGAGCCCUUUAAUUAAAGCCCUGGCCUGAACUGGAAUGAUGAUGAGCCAAUUUAAGGAUUAUGCUUUACUGGUGGUGGCUUGUGCCUACAGCUCAGAAAUAAAUGUGUCUGUUGAUAGUGAUGGGGAAAGGUGGCCUUGGGAACAAUUGUAUAGAUUUUAGUAGUUUUCCAGAUACUUACUCAGGGACCAAACUAUAGUUUUUCAAAACUAUACAAGUUGUAUAACCUUCAUUUUGAAAAGGAAUUUUUGUUUAAAAAAACAGUCAAAUACACAACAUUUUCCACUUCCAGCACCCGUCCUUAUUUGCAGUACAAGCACUAUGGGACUAAAAAGAAUGAACUGUUUGAUUUGCAUAAUUGUUUCUCCUUUAAAAAAACCCAUAAGCACAUCAUGUAACUAUUACAAAUUUAAAGAGUAUUCUCAUGAUACACACUAGCCUUUGUUAUACAGCUAUUUUACUUGGCACAUCUUCAGCCUUGGUCUGGUAAAUUUCUAAAUAAUUCCUCUCUGCCCCAGCCUUUUGGAAAAAGCUAAAUUGGACAGGCACUGUAUUUAGUACAGUUUUGUUAAACAAGGUCCCAUACCUAAUUUCUUCUUUAAUCCAGAACAAUAAUAUAAUACAGAUGCAAGAAUGACUCACAAUCCAAAACACAAGAAUAACAUAGAAAGCCAUUGCUUGAACUGUUGUGAAUAAACUUGGAGACAUAUGUGAAAUACAAAAUUCAUGUAUAAUGUGUAUAAUGUAUAUACAUUGAUUCAGAAUAAUAUUUUGUAAAAGUU